GUGUAGCAGGUGUUUGUUUUUUUAAUCUAAUUUCAGAUACUUGUUUUCGACAGCUCUGCAAAGUCAGAAGCAGGAGGAGGACGGACGCCCUUCAGCAGCCGCGGACGUGUGCGCACCGCUGGAGGCAGUCGAGCUGCAGACCGGAGCUCGUUUGGGAACAACUCCGGCUGAUGUGAGCAGCGGAGAGAAGAGAGCUGGGUGGGCAUCACAUGUGAGCCAAGUCUGCACAGAUACAACACACAGCCAAAGUAUGUCUGCGUCAGGGGCAGGCCGCCGCUCCGAGGGACCCGACUCAGGUGAAUGAGAGCACAUCUGCGGAUCGUCCGGUCUUUUCCCUCCUCUCCUCGCUGAGACGGCGGCUGGAGCUGCUCCGUGCCCGCUUCACCCCCGUUCAGUCUGGCAGGCGUCAAGGUGCAGCAGCAGCAGCAAUCAGGAGAGGGACGGAGGCAGGAAGAGCCGCUGCUUAAUUAACUAUCCGACCAAAACGCCGCCGCGCACCGCAACGUGACGGCUUUGCUGAGUGGCCGCAGACACAGAGACGCACCGGGAGAGGACACUAUGUCAAAGGACACGAGAGUGAAAGGUUCAUCACGAAAACACAGCGCCACUCAUUGGUGUCUGCAGAACAUCGCACAGGAAUCAGUCGACAGCUCCGAUGAGGAGUUCUUUGAUGCCAGAGCAGAUGUUAUGGAGGGGAAGAGCGCCAUUCUGCUGGGCAUGAGUCAGUGGAACUCCAAUGACCUGGUGGAGCAGAUCGAAACUCUGGGACACAUGGAGGACCGGUCGCAUGAGGGUCUGUACCAGCUGGGAGGUCCACACUGUGCCCCUCAGAGCAGCGUCGAAGGACUGGAAGACUUAGAGAGGAAAUGUCAGACGCAUGUGCUGCUGCUCGUGGUGCACGGAGGCAACAUCUUGGACACGGCAGGCGGAGACCCCAGCACAAAGGCGGGUGACGUGGCCACGUUAGCCUCGGUGCUGGAGAAGGUGACUCGGGUGCAUUUCCAGGCCGCUGCCGAACACGUAAUGAUCAAACUGGUGCCGUGUCCGGCUGUGUGCGCCGAAGCCUUCUCCCUGGUGUCCAAUCUGAACCCGUACAGCUACGAUGAGAGUUGUGUGUCCAGCAGCGUGGACCACCUUCCCCUGGCCGCCCUCCCCCUCCUCGCCAUCGUCUCCCCGCGCUACCAGGAUGCCGUGGCAACCGUCAUCGACCGGGCCAAUCAGGUCUACCGCAGCUUCCUGCAGUCGGAAGACGGCCAGGGAUUCACGGGUCAGGUGUGCCUGAUGGGCGACUGUGUGGGAGGAGUGCUGUGCUUCGACGCUUUGUGCUUCAGUAACCACCAGAGGCCCGGCAGCCCCAACAACAGCAGCAGGAACAACAGCACUGAGAGCCUGAAGGAUAACUCCGGCCUCCUGGGAGAUUCAGGCUCAGGUCUGAGCUCCAGCAAGAGGCUGAGCAAGAGCAACAUCGACAUCUCGGCACCCAACGAAGGACAGGGAGGCCCGCCGCUCAGCAGGAAGCAGAGCGACUCGUACGAUGGAGAUACUUCAUCCACGGGACAGCACAGCUUUUUCUCCAGUCUGAUGAAGGAGAGUGUGGAGGUACGUGGAGGCAGCAGCACCAGUCUGGUGUUGAACCCGGGCAGAUUUGACUUUGAGGUGUCAGACUGUUUCCUGCUGGGCUGUCCGCUGGGCCUCGUGUUGGCCAUGAGAUGCACUGUGCUGCCUGCAGUCCAGGUGAGCCAGCUCCAUCCGGCCUGUUCUCAGAUUUUCAACCUGUUUUACCCGUCGGAUCCUUCAGCCUCCAGACUGGAGCCGCUGCUUCAGCCUCUCUUCCACAAGUUACCACCAUUCGCUGUGCCGCGUUACCAACGCUACCCUCUCGGCGAUGGACGCUCAAUGCUCAUAGGCGAGAGCAUACAAGGCCAUCCAAAUGUGUUUUUGGAGGGUGAGCAGUUUCAUGGAGGUUCAGCUUCACAGCAUUCCUCUGAGACAAAGACCGAAGGCGGAGACGAGGGAGGCCGUAGAGCCAGCGUGACCAGUGUGGAAAGCGAAAUGUCGAUUUGCUCCAUGGGCCAGCUGGGAAACACUAUCUCUAACAUUUCCAGCAGCUGGUGGGGCUCCAAGAGGCUGGAUUAUGCUCUGUACUGCCCCGAUGUGCUGACCGCAUUCCCAACAGUGGCUCUGCCGCACCUUUUUCACGCCUCCUACUGGGAGUCCACUGAUGUAGCAGCUUUUGUUCUCCGGCAGCUCAUGCGAUGCGACUGUGUGAAGACCCAGGAAGCCGAUCACUUGGACUCGGCUCCGUUCUCUCCAUCCAGCCCACGCGAGAAAUGGCUCAGAAGGAGGACACAUGUCAAACUAAGGAACGUCACAUCCAACCACAGAGUGAAUGAUGUCAUUGCCACCGAGGACGGCCCCCAGACUCUGGUCGGUCGCUUCAUGUACGGCCCCUUGGACAUGGUCACGCUGACUGGAGAAAAGGUGGACAUUCUGCUGAUGACACAACCUCAGUCUGGCCGCUGGGUGCACUUUGACACCGAGGUGACCAAUAGCAGUGGCAGAGUCACUUACACCAUACCCAAGAGCAAGAAGCUUGGUCUGGGAGUGUAUCCGAUUAAAAUGGUGGUCAAGGGGGAUCAAACCAGCGCAGAGGCCUACCUGACUGUGUUGCCGUGGGGCAUGGAGUGUGUGGUCUUCAGCAUUGACGGCUCUUUUGCUGCCAGCGUGUCAAUCAUGGGCAGUGACCCGAAGGUCCGCCCUGGAGCUGUUGAUGUUGUCAGGCACUGGCAGGACCUGGGAUAUCUGAUCAUCUACAUCACAGGCCGCCCCGAUAUGCAGAAACAGCGUGUUGUAUCCUGGCUCUCGCAGCACAAUUUUCCCCACGGGAUGAUCUUCUUUUCUGAAGGCCUCGUUCAUGAUCCCCUGCGACAAAAGACCAUCUUCCUCAGGAACCUCAUACAGGAGUGUCACAUUAAGAUCAACUCUGCUUAUGGCUCCAUGAAGGACAUCUCUGUUUACAACAUGCUAGGCCUCAGCCCCUCGCAGAUUUAUAUUGUCGGCAGACCUUCAAAGAAGUACCAAAGUCAGUGCCAGUUCCUGAGCGAGGGUUAUGCAGCGCACCUCUCCACCCUUCAGUUUGGCCACAGAGCCAGACCGAAGAAAUCCCCCUCAGUUCGUAUGGUCUUAAGGAAAGGAUCAUUCGGUCUCUCAGCAAAGCCCGAUUUCCUGUGUAAGCGCACCCACCUCCGCAGGACCAUGUCGGUCCAACAGCCCGACCCGCCGUGCACACCCAACCCCAAGCCUGAGCGAGCCCAGAGCCAACCGGAGUCGGAUAAGGACCAUGGAGGUGGUGGACAAGGUGCAUGGGGACGGGCUUCCAUGCAUCGUGGAGACACCACUCCCUGACACCAAAAAAAAGAUGGAAGGAUUACAGGAGGACAGAAGAGUGUCCAGGGCCAAGGUGACACCUUACUGUGUGAAUACAGAAAAUUUGAAGGAUGAUUCCAACUUGUGUCUUAUUUUUGACCUCUGUUCUUAUCCAAAAUGCAUUCCUCAAAUUAGUAAGGCUGCUAGAAUGCUCCUCAUGCUGCUGCACCUGCAACGUCAUGACAGUAAACAUUAACAUAACCAUAAUAAAUCCUCACCUCAUGAUGUAGCUUUUCACCUUUUACUUCACUGCAUUGUCUGUUAAGCCUUUAAAAGCCCGGGGCUCUGCAAAGCCCUGACACAAACACAAAUUGAUUUUGCUCACUACUGUCGAGCUCCAGCAAAGUCAAUAAAUGUCCACCUUCAUUAAAUUAUAUCCUGUUGUGCAUCUGAUGCAUUACAGUGUUUGUUUUUAAGUCAGAGAUGCAUUGCUAUUUUUAUAAAUAAAUAAUUCUAAGAGCUUUAAAGAAUCGAAGGAAAUAAUGACAGAAGCUAAGAGGGAAAGUAAAGAGCAACUUGGGCUGUUUCCCUGAGACUGAAUAUUCAAGUGCCAACCUGAGUAAGAGAUGCUAUUAUUAGCAGCAGUUCCCUAGCAGGACUGAAUGUAAAUUUUCCCCAUGAUAAUGAUCAUGCAGGCACAUCUGCAAUGUCCUCCAAAGCUUGUAAUCCACUCAUUGGUAGAUUUGGAAAUAUUGUCAGUGCAAUUAUGGAGAUUGCAGCUGAGUCAUUCUGAGAGCCUGUAGAAACAAAUAUGCUGAAACAGCACCCACAAGCACCAUUCUGUGUGCAAACUUUGCCUCAAACGUGAGAGUCUUGACUAAUUUUCUUCUCAUUCGACAGUGUCACUUCUGCCUACUGUAAAUGUACAUUGGAUCCUCCGGUGUUCCUCACAGCUCUGCUUUACCUCCUGCUUGGCCCUCUACACUUUGACACCUGUUCGGUUCUUUUCCCCGAACCCGCUCAGUGGACAACGUCACUCGGUCUUUGGAAAUUCUGUCGAGGAUGGCAGCAAUUUUUUGCGAAUGUCUAUGUCAAAUAGUGUCUAAUUGUAUAACCAGAGGAAUGUACUUAAGAUGGGGAAACAUACAUACAUAUUUAUGCAUGCACACAUGCUCGAGGCGGUGAAAAAAGUGACGAUGAUGGCUACAUUAGAGCUUCUGAGACCUUCCCUCAGCCUAGAGCAGCAGUUUAACAGAUGUUGCACGACCAUUUGGUGCCGUUCCGACUGCUGCGCUGACAGGUGGUCAUGCUGAAGGACUCCUGCACUGACUCGCCAACCAAUGUAAAUAUUCACCGCACAUCACACCUGUGUGGGCCUCUGGACACAGAAGCACUGUGACAUUUAGGUUGGAGUCUGGAGCCCCCGAACAGCUAAACCUUUGCCAAACGCCUGCCUCUGCCUAUAUACCCCUCCCACUGCUGGAUGUUUCCUGGUUGGCUUACUGCACACAUCCCUUCCCCUUAAACCAGUCAGGCAGAACAUGCCUUUCGACAGCCGCCGAAGUGCUGCGGUGUGCAUGGCUCAGCCCCUGAGGUCACAUUUGCACUACACCGUGAUGGAUUUAGCUCCAGAAACAAAGACUUGCAUUUUAAUGGUAUUUGUAGUUUUUGUUUCUCCUCGCCCGUUGUGCAAUGUUGCCGCUGCUCGCUGGUUACUGUAACUGCUGAAAUAGAAAUAGAAAAGUGUUUAUUUGACCAAAAAUGUUUACAGAUUAACACACAGAUGUUGAGAGUGAUCAGAACUUGUUUCCCCACAUAAUUACAGUGUUAUUAGCAUUUUAGACAGCAUUAGUUUAGUUGCUUGGUAGUUGCAGUAGCUUCCAGGAUAUUGUACAAUAGACAGUUCAAACUCCGCCAGGAUGCCACUUCGCAUCCAUUAACUACAGCUGCACUGGAACCAAUAGAUUUGUGAUGAAAUCUGACACCAUCUUGUGCACUUGAGGUUGAAUUGAGUCUUACUGUGGUCAUGUUUAAAAAUCUGUGCAAGUUGAACAUAUUUUUCUAAGAACAAAUACUGUAAAUAGGAAUAUUUUCAAUGUAUGUUUUGGAGCAUUUGUUAUUUGACUCGUUGGAUGGUUGAGUUUUUGCCUUAAACUGUAUUUGAUGUUGUGUAGAUAUAAGAAAUCAUUCGUUUGGCCAAAGUAUUGAGUUUCACUGUUACUUCAUGACUAAAGUGUAUUUAAUCUAGUUGGUAUUUUUGCUUUAACAUGUUUUAGAUACUGUAUAUGUGUGUACGAGAGUGUGCGUGUGAGGUAUUUGCUAUAUAGUCAUAUUAGCGGAGAACGUGAAGACAGUGAUGACAAAUACUGUAAAGGCCAGUGUUAGCAUAUCUGCAUGUUCUCACUGCAGCACACUACUGCCGGUUUUUCAGAACGGAACAUAUAUUUUUACUGUAUUAGACUGAAGCAGAGCAUCGGAGGAUUACUUGGCCGAGGUUUUUAUACCUGCUAUGAAAGGAAAAGGGGGCUUCUGAGUUCUUACAGUGUCUUGUUUUAAGUAAAAAUCUGCAUAGCGAAGUGGAACGUACGAGCCGAGUGGGAGCCGUCUUCGGCUCAUUUUCUCUCACCUCCAGUAAUUAGCUAUUUGAUUGCUACUGUGUAUGAUUCCCUGUAGUGCCGCCCAUGUAGUUGCAGUGCACAAAUUAGCAUUCCUUGGUAAUUGUAUAAUAUUGUGGAAAAUACUGAAAUACUUAACUCGAUUUUGUUUUGCGUUUAGAUACUUAAUACUGAAACAUUGUUGUCCAACCAACAAAAAUGACCAUUCCAGCCAAUGUACACACAGUAGUCAAAGUGACUCCAUUUGUCUCUAGAACACGUACUGUAUAUUUUUGUAACACAUCAUAAGAGGGAAAUAUUCAAGGGUGGGCAGCAUUUUAGCAAAACGGUGUUAGUAAAUGGCAAAUAAUGAUCUAAUGGUUCAAUGGUGGUGGUUUUGUGCAUGUUGAUUAUUUGAUAUUGUUAAAUAAUUGCUAUAAAUGGCUAUAUUUGUGGAAAUCUAACCAUGAACAUGAAGUAUUGCGAAUAAGUGAUGACUAAUAAUUCAUGGUAAACUAGUACUCAAUGAGUAAAAUCUAAAUUAGUACUCAAAUUUAUCAUGAAUAGCGGAAUUUUGACAGUAAAAUACUCAACGAAAUGGAAAAUUGUUAGAAAUAUGUGCAAUUACCUCUUUAACGUCAGACUUUCUCUCAUUUAAUGGCUGACAAAUGGUACCAGUUUUCAUUUUGUGGGUAAAUAAUAAAAGUGAAUAAUCCCAAUGUCCAAAAUAAUGUUAAAUUACUGUUAAAUAUCACACAAACAGUCUCUGAAAUAUGAUUACCGCCGGACUAGUCCAAAUUAAUAUUGUCAAAUUAUGACUAACUGUUGGGUACUGACCUAAUUUGCCAUUUAUUAACAAUUUCAUUUGACUAGUAAGUUAACUAACACAAUGCAACAACUUCUUUUGAAAACUCUAGAGUUUUAUUUUUGGUCUUUUUGACCAGUUAGGGAAAAAAUACCUGGUUUCACUGCUGCAGAGUUUAUUGUUUUGUACAGAUCUCUUGUGAUGAACAUGUUAUUGUGUUUAAUGGACUCAGUCCAUCUUUCCUUAUUGCAUAAAUAAAGAUAUUUCACAGUUGAAGAAUUUA